AUGCCCUUUCAUUUGGACCACUGCUAUGUGGAUACGCCAAACUGCACCGACCCCAAUUACACCAAUGGAAGCAAUGGAAGCAACUGCACAUCUUGGGAAAACAUUUCUGUACUGAGCGUGUGCGACUUGACACCUCGUACUGGCAGGGGCUUUGCGGAAGUCAGGGAGAGGGAUUUGUGGCUGCAGCCCUGGCAUUGGCUGCGCGCAACAGCGCAGCAAGCAACAUUCCAGGUGGAAUUGGACGUGAGGGAUGCCAACUCGCCGGUGUUGAUCAAGUCGAGGGACCAGGAGGUCCGGGUCAUGGCAGGCAUAGCGCAGCUCCUCACUACCUCCGAGAACAAGGGCCCCUUUGUUUUGCAGGACGACGAUUUCACGGAGAUCUUUGUGGAAGUUUCAGUUGAGCCCGCAGGAACACUAAGUGUUCUUCCAUCUGCUUGGCGAGACUGGGGUGGUCGUGUGAACAUCACUUAUGAUUUCCCCCCAGUGGAGCCGGACUUCGGUUCCUUGGGCCAGGGUGACCUCACGCCAACCUCUCUGGAGGGACGUCCUGCUUCAAAGUUGUCAUUCCACGGAAUGUCAGUGUAA